AUGGGUGCAGGAAAAACAUGUACCAAAGGAAAAUGGGUUGAUAUUGACAUUGGUAAAACAGAAACAAAACCCAGCUAUAAGGAUCCAUGUAAGAAUAACAUAACUAUAGCAAAGAAUGACAAUCCUUCAGGUCUUAAUGGCUACAAGAAAUAUACUCACAGAUUCAGCAGAUUACAUUAUGUUGGCGGAAUAUAUUACAAUAGAGAAAAACAAGAUAGUAUAAAGGUAACUGAUGCAGGUCUCUAUGAAAAAAGUGUCACCGUAUACUAUCUUGACUAUGAUGUCACUAACGCACUUCCCCUGAUAGUUGGACUUGAAAAGACCUGGCUCACUAAUGAAUAUUACUACUAUAAAAAGACAAGCUAUACUUCAGCUUCCAAUCAAUGGAAAGAUGAAGAUAGAAGUGUUAAGCAAGAGAACCAACUUCCUGAAAAACUCUCAGAAAUUAGUACUAAGUUAACUGGACUUGUUGUACUAAAUCUCCGUAAAAUCAAUGGGAAAUACUAUGCCAAUGGUGACACUAGUUCACCUCCAACUAUAAAUGAAGACCUUCAAAUUCAAGUCACUGGGCCUUCUACAGAAUACACAAUCUACAAAAAAUAUAAGCAUGCUCCUACCGGAGGCAAAUCAAAUAUAAGACCUCUAUCCACAAAGAAUUAUGGCAAGAACAUACCAUUUGAUCCUCCUGUAUAUGGUACUUGGUGUAGUGAAGUGUAUGUCUACUUCUGGAAAGAGGAUUCUGGACAUACUAAUCCCCUGUUACUUGAGCUUAAGCCAACAUCAGGUGCUUCCUCAUAUUACACACUUACUUCUGGUGGCGGUAAAAGGUGGACUAAACAGAGUGGUAUAACUGUUGGUAAACUCAAAACUCUACUCGAUAGAGAGAACUGUAAAAGAAAUUAUGCUCAUGUUGUAGACAUUUCAAAGACAAGCAAAUCGGGUUAUAUCUGUCCUAGUUGUAAUUCUAAGCGGGUUACAGUAUUUCCAGCAAACCGCUCUGACUAUUCAUACUGCUUCCAUUAUCUUACUGGUGGUAGCUUCUAUAGAGUAAAGAAUAGGGGAACAGAACAGACUGGAAUAACAUUCCCUAGUACAAUAUCUAGUGUGUUUGUAUAUCGCUAUCCAAAAGGACCUGAUGGAAUUCCACUUUUGAUCUACCUUCCACUGUCAUCCAAUAAGUGGUUUGAAAGAGAAUCUCUCACUUCUAAUAACUGGACUGAUGUCAAAGAUGGUAAUAAACCAACAUCUACAUUUGAUAAGGACAAAAUACUAAAACUUCUAAACAAAAUAUUGCCUACUGUUACCAUAAAUGUUGGACAAACCGGCAUUAGUAUUAGUGGACAACAUACUACAUACCGGGCUCCUUCUGGAGAUGGUGGAGGUGAACAGAAGCAGAUUAAUCUUAAAAGAAAUAAUCUAUAUGGGAACGAUGUUGGUUUCUCUCAUCAUAUUCAGGAUAAAUCUGCCUUUAUACUUGGGGGAAUUACACAUAACGGGUUAUCUCUACAAGGCAUACCACAAAAUCUAGUUGUUAAAAGUGUAAAAGCAUUCUAUGAUGGAAAGAAUCCUACAGACAAAAAGAACCUUCUAAUGCUUGAAUUUGAGAAAAAUAAUCAUGGUCCUCGGAACAACUACGUCUACUAUCAAAAGGAAAGUAAGGAUAAGAGUGGUUUUACUCUUCUUUCUGAGCAGAAGAAUAAAAUAGAUGGUGAUAUUCUCGCAAAUCAGCUUGCUGAAAUAAAGGAGAAACUUGAGACUAAAACAGGGGAUGGAUCUAAUGCGGGUGCUAUAGCUGGUGGAGUGUUUGGAACUGGACUUAGUGGAACUGCUAUUGGCGUUGGAAUCUGGAAAGGGAAGGUCAUAGUAAAGGCUAUAGUUUCGGUACUAAAGGCUGGAUUAUGA